AAGAGAGAAGAAAAAAGAAAGAAGAAAGAAAAGGGGAGGAAGGAAGAGGGAGAAAAAGGAGAAAGAAAUGGAGAUGGAAAGGAAAAGGGAGAGAGAAAAAGAAAGAGAGGAAGGAAAAAGAAGAAAAAGA